AUGCCGGUCAAAGCUGUCGCAAGGACAUCAAUAGCGAGAAACGGAUUGGGUGCUUACGUAUUACCAUGCAACAAAUUAACGCUACAGUAUUGUAAUUGGGGAGGGUCAUCUCGAGGAAUAAGACAAAUCUUGACCAAUGGACAGUUGAACAAGAUAGCAUUGCUGAAACCGCAAGUGAUGUUUGAGGUGCUCAAAAGACAAGGACAUCCAAAGCUUGUUUUCCGUUAUAACGAUGACAAGGUCACCGAGGUUGAUGUAAGAAAUAUGAAGAAUCAUGAAAUCGUGGAAAAGAUUAACGAAUACAUACAACGAUCAGGAAAUGACUUGUUCAAGUGUAAUCAUAAGGUUGUAUCCGAUAAUGAUUCGGUCAGAGGAAUAUGGUCACCUUUGCAUGCAUCAAAGGGCCACAGGUUUAACAUAUAG